AUGGACGCCACUAAAGAUCCCUCUUCCUCUUCUUCCUCACCCACCCUCUUCACCAUCCUCUUUUACGCCCUCCCAUUGUUUAUGGUUCUCAAAUCCUUAUACACAUACUUCUUUUCUUCUCCCAAGAUGGUUUCCCCCGCUGCUCUUUCUAAAGCUCAAGCCCUCAUUGACUCAAACAAGGUCUUUGUCGCUUCAAAGUCUUACUGCCCUUACUGCAAGGCUACUAAAAACCUUCUCAAUCAGGUCGGAGUCCGCACCGCCACCAUCAUUGAGCUCAAUGAAACUGAGGAUGGCGCUGAAAUCCAGGAUGCUCUCGAACAAAUCACUGGCCAAAGAACAGUCCCCAAUAUCUUCAUUUCUGGCAAACACAUUGGUGGCAAUUCCGAUAUUCAGUCCCUCAACUCUAGAGACCAACUCGUCCCUGCUCUUCAAGCUGCUGGUGCCCUUUAA